UAUCAUAUUGAAAAAUCAAUAUAUAAUCCAUUAGGCAUGGAACCUGAACUCAUAGAAGCUCUGCAACCUUUUGACUGCCAUGGCAACCGUUUUGUUGAUUGCCCAAAUAAUAACAGUACUAUUUCUCUGUGUUCUAUAUUUCGGGUUAAGGAGAGGGUUACCACAGCCGCCGGGACCGAAAGGGUUGCCGAUAAUAGGCAACAUGCUGACGACGCCGGUGACGGACCUAACACACCAGGGACUUGCCAAACUCGCUAAGCAAUACGGCGGUAUCUUUCAUCUCCGCAUGGGGAUUCAGCACAUGAUAGUCGUUUCAUCACCGGAAAUGGCUCGUCAAGUGCUUCAAGUCCAUGACAACAUUUUCUCAAACCGCCCGGCCAACAUAGCAACCUCGUAUCUCACCUACAACCGAGCCGAUCUCGUUUUCGCAAACUACGGACCAUUCUGGCGCCAAAUGCGCAAGCUCUGCGUUGCGAAGCUGUUCAGCCGCAGACGAGCGGAGUCCUGGGACUCGGUCCGAGACCGAGUCGACUCGGCUGUGAGAAUUGUAGCUGCUAACGCUGGCAGAGCGUUCAACGUUGGAGAGUUGGUGUUUUCUCUAACGAGAGGUAUUGUUUACCAGGCGGCUUUCGGGACAAGCGCCAUGGAAAGGCAGGAAGAGUUCGUUGAGAUUCUGCAGGAGUUCAACAAGCUCUAUGGAGUUUUCAACAUCGCCGACUUCAUCCCAUGGCUGAGAUGGAUCGACCCCCAGAGACUCAACGGUAGAUUCACCAAGGCUCGUCUGUCUUUGGACUGUUUCAUCGACAAGAUCAUCGACGAUCACAUGAGAAAGAAGGAAGACGAUAUGAACAACAAAGGCAUCGGCAACCAUGAUGAUGAAGCCGAUCAUAGUGAUAUGGUGGACAGUUUACUUGCUUUUUAUUCUCGUGAAGGUGAUGGUAGUGCAAAAUUAGUAAAGGAAUCCGUUGAAGAUUUGCAAAACUUCAUCAAACUCACCAAAGAUAACAUCAAAGCCAUCAUCAUGGACGUGAUGUUUGGUGGGACUGAAACGGCAGCAUCGGUCAUAGAGUGGACAAUAUCGGAGCUUCUGAGAAGCCCGGAGGAGCUAAAAAUAGUGCAACAAGAGCUUGCUGACAUAGUGGGCCUUGAUCGUAGACUUGAAGAGACUGACCUUGAGAAGCUGACCUACUUAAAAUGUGUUAUCAAGGAGACUCUCCGACUCCACCCUCCGGUCCCUUUGCUCCCCCAUGAGACGUCCGACCAUUGUGAGGUUGGUGGUUACUUUAUCCCCAAGAAAUCUAGAGUGAUGAUCAAUGCAUGGGCAAUUGGGAGGAACAACGACUUCUGGGAAGAGGCUGAGAGUUUCAAGCCCUCAAGGUUUCUCAAAAAUGGUGCUCCGGACUACAAGGGAAGCAACUUUGAGUAUAUACCAUUCGGUUCGGGUCGCAGGUCUUGUCCCGGAAUGCAACUUGGGCUCUUCACAGUGGAAAUGGCGGUUGGACAUCUCCUCCAUUGUUUUAGGUGGGAGUUGCCGGAGGGAAUGAAUCCUAGUGAGCUCGAAAUGAAUGAUGCAUUCGGACUCACUGCUCCCAGGGCGAGUCGACUAGUUGCCGUGCCCACUAAACGUGUAUUAUGUCGUCUGUCAUGACAAAAUUAAUCCAAAUUUGUAUCUCUUAAGAGGAAUUGGUAUAUACAAUGUUUUAUGUGUUAA